AUGGCUACCCGGCGCAUCGUUAAUACUGAGCGGACUCUCCUUGAGAAGGAUGACCCCAUUGAGGAGAAGUCUAACAUUGCACCGGCUGUCCCAAAUCAUGUUAUCUUCAAGCUUCUCGCCUUCACUUUUGCCAUGAUUGUUGUUCCAAUCGGGGGCUAUUUUGUCACCGUUAAUACGGUGUUCAAGGGUAAUGCUUCUUUUGCCGGAGGGUUUGCUGCUCUGUUGGCUAAUGUCGUCUUGGUGGGCUAUAUUAUCGUCGCUAUGAAGGAGGAUCAAUCAGAGACGACAGAGAAGAAGAAGCCAGAGAGCCAAAAGGACAAAUAG